CAAAAUAUCUCCCAACUUCUUUUGUAGUAACCCUACUUGGCUCUGUAAAAUAUCUCCUACCUUCUUCUGCACCAGCAGCGGCAUCUCCAUUUCCAUCCCACCAGCGCGCCGUGUACAGAACGAGCGAGGCAUGUUUGAUGGGGUGGAUCGCUGCGCCGUCGUGGCGGUCAAGCGGAUGAGGCUGUGCGCCAUGGAGGAGGAGGUGGAGGAGGGGAUGGAGGUCGACGGGGAAGAGGAGGAGGAGGAGGGGACCGGUGGGUGGGCCUGGGGAGCGCCGGGGCUGGGGAUGGCUGGCCAGCCGGGAGAGCAGAUGGCGGCGGCGAUCGUGGUGGCAGACGCGGUGGAGCCUGACUUCCCCGUCAUCUACGUCAACGCCGCCUUCGAGGCUGCCACGGGGUACCGCGCGCACGAGGUCCUUGGCCGGAACUGCCGAUUCCUACAAUUUCGGGACCCACUUGCCCAAAGACGACAUCCCCUUGUCGAUCCAAUGGUUGUUUCAGAGAUGCGACGAUGCCUCAGUGAUGGAAUUGAAUUCCAAGGUGAACUACUGAAUUUUCGGAAAAAUGGCGCUCCACUGAAUAACCGGUUAAGGCUCAUUCCAAUGCAUGGGGAUGAUGGCGCUUUUACACACAUAAUUGCGAUCCAGUUGUUCUCUGAUGCUAACAUCGAUCCCAGCAACAUUUCUUACCCAGUAUAUAAACCACAGUCCAGCCACAGGCUCAGCUUUCAAGAUAUGAACCGGACUUCUCAUGAGCAUACUCCUAUAGUCCAAUGUUCAGAGUACUGCGCUAUCUUCAACCUCUCGGAUGAAGUUCUAGCUUAUAACAUUUUAUCUCGCCUGUCACCAAGAGAUGUAGCUUCAGUUGGCUCAGUCUGCACUAGAAUGCAUCUGCUGACCAAGAAUGAUCAUCUGACAAAAAUGGUCUGCCAAAAUGCAUGGGGAAGAGAUGUCACUGGCAGGCUUGAGAUGAGCACCAAGAUGUUAGGAUGGGGUCGUCUUGCAAGAGAACUAACAACUCUCAAGGCAGCCUCUUGGAAGAAGUUCACAGUUGGAGGACGCGUUGAGCCAUCCCGAUGCAAUUUUAGUGCCUGUGCUGUGGGCAACCGCCUCGUCCUUUUUGGCGGGGAGGGGGUCAACAUGCAGCCUAUGAGUGACACCUUUGUGCUUAACCUGGAGGCUCCAAAGCCAGAAUGGUGCCGUGUCAAGGUUUCUGCCUCCCCACCUGGCCGCUGGGGCCACACUCUCUCAUGGCUAAAUGGCUCAUGGCUGGUAGUAUUUGGAGGUUGCGGACAGCAAGGUUUGCUUAAUGAUGUCUUCGUCCUUGACCUUGAUGCUCAGACUCCCGCUUGGAGGGAGAUUGCUAGCGACGGUCCGCCACUGCCACGGUCCUGGCAUAGUUCAUGCACCCUGGACGGUUCUAAACUUGUUGUGUCAGGGGGGUGUGCCGAGUCCGGUGUGCUUCUAAGCGACACAUUCUUGCUUGACUUGACGAAGGAGAAGCCAACAUGGAAGGAGAUCCCGACAUCCUGGUCGUCGCGCCUUGGCCAUACCUUCUCUGUUUAUGGUAAGACUAAAAUAUUUAUGUUUGGUGGAUUGGCAAAGAGUGGCUCGCUCCGACUGCGCUCCAGUGAUGCCUACAUAAUGGAUUUUGGUGAAGAGAAUCCACAAUGGAGGCAGUUGGCGACAACUGGGUUUCCAAGCGUUGGUCCGCCGCCAAGGCUUGAUCAUGUCACCGUGAGCCUGCCCUGUGGAAGGAUCAUCAUAUUUGGCGGCUCAAUCGCCGGGCUGCACUCACCAGCUGAGCUCUUCUUGCUUGAUCCGGCUGAGGAAAAACCGACAUGGAGAAUCCUGAAUGUCCCUGGGCAGCCACCCAAGUUCGCUUGGGGACACAGCACCUGCGUGGUUGGUGGCACUAGGAUCUUGGUUCUUGGUGGACACACCGGAGAGGAGUGGAUCCUGAAUGAGCUUCACGAGCUCUGCCUCUCAAGCAGGCCCGAUGAAGAUGGAUGAUUAUAGGGUUCUCAUGAUUUUAGACCUUACCUUCAUUUCAUCUAUCUGUCACUGCUUUUCUGUACAGAAAUGAGUGCAAAAGAAUUUAAAAAGAGUUUGUGGAUGAGAGUUUUAGUAUACCUUGUUGUUUUCAUAUGAUACGGCCAUAUGGGAGAUAAGGCUGGAAAUCCCUAUACCACAGUUACUUUUGUUGGUUGUAAAUGCGUGAGUACCACAAUCUUUCCACUA